AUGGCUUUGAUUCUAAGAUGUGCAACUGAUUCAUCGCCUAUGGUCCGUGACUCCGCUUUAAGUCUGAUUGCGAAAUGCAUGUUCCUAAAACCCGGCCUUGAGGAGAGCUGUUGCCGCGCAAUUUUAGCUUGCUCCUCUGACCAAACGGUGGGCGUUAGGAAACGGUGUAUUGGACUGAUGAAAGAGGUUUAUGCCCAAACGUCCAACCAAGAAUUAAAGCUUGCCGUUAUCGAGCAAUUGCUCCAAAGGGUCACUGAUCACGAAAGCACUGUAGCUGCACAAGCCCGCCAGGCCCUGGAGGAAAUGUGGUUUUCACCAUUGCAUUCCUCGUUUACGAAUCCAGCCCAGAGAACACCGCAAUCUCAAGUUUCUCUUGAAAAUCUAAUGAAUCUAAUGGUUGGGUCCGUGAAGAGGAAUGAAGGUGUUAUUCCAACAUUCGAGGCAUUCAUUAAACAUGAACUUUCGCCUGAGGCUAAGGCAACGUCGCUGAAUUUCAAUGUCUGCAAAGCCGUGGUUGCAGCCAUGUUUGACCGGAUUGUUCACGAUGCCGACAAUACUGAUAAAAGCACGCUACAAUCGCUACUGCAGUCGAUCACGCUCUUUUCAAAGGCCAAUGCUAAACUAUUUACGCCAGAUCAACUUGAAACCCUUCAUCCAUAUAUAGGCCAUCUUUCCAAUGCCGAUGAUCUGAUUUUGUUUCGAUCCGUCGUUGUCAUCUAUCGUUGUGUUCUACCGUACCUUUCAACAUCCCACAACACUCUACUCAAGGAUAUACAAAACGAUCUUUUCAAGAGUAUCAAUCAAGCCGCAAGUGCCAAGUUAGAUGCUUCCACCGAUGCGGAUGCACUUGGACGAGUACGGAGCUAUAUACGGAUCGCCGGGUGCGUCGGGAAACACUGCGAUUUGGAGUCAUUUCGGUCCUUUUUUGCGCAAUCAUUCCCACAUAUGAAAGCAACUUCGGUAGCUGGCUUGAUGGUUGAUUUUAUCUCUCCGUUCGCCUCAUCUAAGUAUCCUCCUGAACUGAGGGUGAUGGCGCUUGAAAGCUUGGGGGCGGUCUGUGAAACAUGGCCCGCUCAGUAUAGCGCAGAACGAGCUAGAGAGGCACUCACUUCUGUAUUCGAGGAAGACAGUGCAGAUUUGCAAAAUAUUGUUUUAAGAGGGUUUUUGGCAUUUUUCUCUAUUCACGAGGGGAAAUCCGAAAAGCUCAUUCAAAGUAAAGAUACGAGUGGUGAUAACGAAGGGUCUACCCGUCUUGGAGGAUCCUUGAAGGCUAGCGAGAACGACGGCGCGGCGGCAUUGAUUGCCCAGCAUUUCCUUCAACAAAUGCUUCGUGCUGCUCUUUCAAAGGAAGACUCUCAUGCAUUGACCGCCAUUGAAUUAAUUGCAAGCAUAAAUCGACAAGGCCUUAUCCACCCGAAAGAGUGCGCUGGGGGUCCUGGUCUCCUUGGAGACAAGAUCGACUUUGAACCGCGGAAACUUGACAUCUCUGGGACCCCGCCCGAACAUUUGUUGCUCUCCAGAUUUGUAUGCCAGAAUCUGGCUUACUUUGAAUAUGCGCAGGUUGGAGAGCUGCUUGCUACCGUUACCUGCAUGGAGCGAAUCGUCGGUUCUACGGGCACCACUGUUGCCCACGCGAUUGAAACGGAUAUAUUUCCUGUUAAAAUUGACAGCACAGGCGAACGAAUGGAGAUAGAUGGGCAAACCUCAGACAACGUAUCCCGUCCUGUCGACCCAGAUAACUUAAAACAGCUAGCUACCGCGGCGACAACCCUGUCAAUGCUCUGGGAAACUCGAACAUACCUUCGUCGUCUGUAUGGCGUUUCUUUCCAUUCACUACCGAAAGAAAGCAAAGCAGGAGCUAAAGAAGCGACCAAGUCUCUAGCUAAGGUACCAGGUACCAGCGGCGAUCGACUAUGGGAUGCCAUGUCGAAAAACAUGGCUUGCCUGGAGAGCGUGGAAGGAAUGAUGAGCAUUUGCAAGGAAUUUGCAACUCUGAUGUCGAUUGAUGAUGAGUUGAAAAUUGCAGCAAAUGAUGAUCGGGAUGGCCACGAUUCCACCGCAGACUUGGGAGACAUGAACCAAGUGAUUUCUGCUAGCAGCGGCCCCAAGUCGGGAAAACGACGCAGCUCAGUGUCUAGCGGCAAUGCGCCAAAGCGUCCUAGGCAAAAGGCCCGAGGCAAGAACGCGAAGAAGCGAGGCAGCCCUGACUCGGAGCAUGAUGGCGAGUUCGACUAG